ACGUAAAUGGGUCCAAUGGAAUGGAAGCCUUUCGUCGCUCAAACAGAAGGAGACAAUUGGCUUUAUUUAAUUUUAACUCCGGAAUAUUUUCCAGCUUUUCCUGUUUAUGAAUGACAUCAAGCCGCGUUCGCAGUUUUAUUUAGCGUCAGUGGCUUUUGCCAUCGAUUAAUUUGGCUGCUGCCGGUGAAGCGGCUGGCCUUGUUUAUGCUGAGCUUUGGAUCAACGAAGCAGGCCUCCGGUCUGCCACUGUAACAUCUCCGCUGCUUUGUCCUGCUCGGUCCAUUAGCUCGCCAAAAAAUAUGAGCCAGAUGCAACAAUGACAUCAAGAUUUGGUAAAACCUACAGCCGCAAGGGAGGAGAGGGCACGUCUAAGUUUGACGAAGUGGUGUCUACCAAAAGGGGCACUCUGAGCACAAAAUGGGGUGACACCACCUACAAGGCCAAGGUGGGCUGCAAGCGUGCCGGCCCCCCGAAGGGUUCCUCGGCUCCGGACAAUCACAAAAGAGCUAGGAGCAGCGGGGAUGGUUCAGACGACCCGUUUGGCUUUGACAGCGACGAGGAAUCCAAACCGGUGUCUUCUCGCAGCAAGUCGUCACCUGCCAAGGCGCUGUUGACAGAACCCCCAAGGGCGGAGAAGCUGGGGGUCUCCUUUGAGUCUAGAAACUGGUCCAGCUUUCAUGAGGGACUCAACUCCUCCCCACAAGAGAUGUUGUGGCCGGGCAGGACAGAAAAUUCUGGUCUGGUCUUCAACAGCAGCAAUGCCGACAAAAGAAAACCCCAGAGCUCCUCACCGUCUUUGGAGAAGCAACACAGCUACGCGUGGUACCAGAACGCCUCAGAGAGUGAUAAAAAGCCUUUGGCGCAGACCACCACCUUGAAAACAUCCGCUAAGGCUGAGUCCACCUACAGCUCGUGGGACACCCUCAUGGGUUUCCGACCGCCUUUGCCCAUCCAGGAGCCACGGGAUCCCGCCCCCACGCUUUCUUGGACUUUGUCGGGCAAUAAACUGCCCUCGCCACCUCGACUGCAGAACCCCGCAGAAAGCCAUGAUCCGGACGGCGAUUUCGGCUUCGAGAUGGCUGAUUACUGCCGGACGCCGGCGUCUUCGUUGUCUGAGCGGAACUCUAAAUGUCGGACUUAUCACAGACCAGGCAAACAGACCAAAGCAUCGGACUGCAGCAUUUUAGCUUCAGAUUCGCUUACGUUGGUGUCCGGUGUCGGCGACAAGAAGGUGUGCGACGGACUGACGAGAGACUACACCGUGCUACACCCUUCUUCCGCUUCCAUGUGUAACGUCACCAAUCAGGCGGGUGGCGUGGAAGUUUAUAACACUUCAGCCGCUCCUGUGAGCGGUACUUGCGCCCCUAAGAGUAGCGGUGCCGCAGAGCAUCUCGCAGUUGGGUGGCAGCGGAAGAAGGCCGAGCAACAGCACAGCAGUCAGAACCAGUCCAGAUUAAUGAAGGAAACCAAAGCGGACCUGUUUGGUUUCGAAGACGUUGACACCCAUCAGGAUAACGAAGACGACGAGGACUGCGGGUCCAAAUACAAAAUCCAAUACUUUGGUUUCGACGACAAUAGCGACAGUGACGGAACUAGCGCCAUGGACCACGACGACCGCAGGCCAAAAGCGAGAAUAAGGGCCAAGAUGGCUGCGGUUGCCGAGGAGACGCCACUGGUGGCCGAGGAGGACUUGAACGAACCCAUCAGGGACUGUGAGGCUUUUGAGAGGAGCACCACAGAGUGGACCAAUAAAUACUCUGAAAGGCAGAACAACAGAAUACAAACAGAGCCCACUCGUCAGCUCUUGGACUGUGCCAUACUGGACUUUACUGAGGACGAUCUCAGGGUGGUAGCUGCUGGGCCCAGGAAGCCCCCUCAGGGGAAGCCAGCCGACAAAAACCAGGACACCCAUAGGAGGAUCUUCAGUGCACAAAAGAAGUCUCCCACCAAAGCUGUGUACAACGCCCGCCACUGGACACUGGAUAGUGAAGAGGAGCCCAUUCCUUCCUUCAUGUCCCGACCGCAGACGAAUCCCGUAAGAGGCGAACAUGCGCCGCGGUCCUCAGGAGGAUUGCCUGCCGAUGAGCCGUCGGGAGCGCAGAAAAAUGACACCGUGUUCAAGGCCCCGCCCCCUCCUCCUACGGUCACCAAGUUUGUCAGUGUCCCCACUGACCCCGACCAGGACACAGUUACUGCGCUUAAGUGUCGCAAAGAACACAAAGAGCUGUACACGGUGGUACAGCAUGUCAAGCACUUUAAUGACGUGGUGGAGUUUGGCGAAAACCAAGAGUUCACCGACGACUUUGAGUACCUGGCGACCGGUCUGAAGAGUGGACAACCGCUCAACACUCGCUGCCUGAGUGUGAUCAGCCUGGCGACACGUUGUGCCAUGCCCAGCUUCAGAAUGCACCUCAGGGCGCGAGGGAAGGUGGCACAGGUCUUCAAAACUCUCAAUGACGCCCCACAGCAUCAUAACCUGGCCAUGUGCACUGCCUCGCUUAUGUACAUUCUCAGUCGUGACCGACUCAACAUGGAUCUGGACCGCUCCUGUCUGGACCUAAUGAUCCGUUUGCUGGAGCUGGACCAGGACCAAAGCGGCAAUAGCGGCGUGGUGGACUCGGGCCCGCAGCUGAGCGCCAGGGAGAUUUGUAAGAUGAAGGAGAAGAUCCGCAAGCUGUGCGACACAGUGCACAACAAGCACCUGGACCUGAAGAACAUUACGACUGGUCACCUGGCCAUGGAGACGUUGCUGUCACUGACAUCGAAGCGAGCCGGUGACUGGUUCAAGGAGGAGUUGCGACUCUUGGGAGGACUAGACCAUAUUGUUGAUAAAGUGAAAGAGUGUGUCAAACACUUGAACCAGGAGGACGACAAGGACAAGCUGGUGUCGUCCUUGUGGGGAGCUGAGAGAUGUUUACGCGUGCUGGAUAGUGUGACUGUGCACAAUGCAGAGAAUCAGAGCUACUUGAUAGCUUACAAAGACUCAUCACUCAUCAUUUCCUGUGCAAAGGCACUGAGGCGCUGCGAGGAAAUGAUUCAAUGCUACAGCGUGGAAGGGAUCAGCGCACCAGUGAGCACAGAAUGCGGCUCCGUUGUGGCCAAAGCAGUGGAGAACUGUAUGAGGGCCAUCAUUGGCGUUCUCCUCAGCCUGACGCAUGACAACGAGUGGGGCAGCACCAAAACGGGUGAGCAGGACAACUUGAUCACGACAGCGCUUAACUGCGUUCUUAGAGUUCCUCAGUAUUUUCCUCAGGAGAAGAGGUUCGACAUUCGCGUUCUGGGUCUCGGCCUGCUGAUCAACCUGGUAGAAUACAGCGCCAGGAACCGCUACUGCCUAAUGGAAAUGGAGAUGGAUGGAGGUCAGGGUCCCUGUGAAUCCACUGUGCUCCUCAUGCCUCCGCACCAGCAGGAUGUCAUUAUUAAUGAUGUCAGCGGUCCUCUCAGCGCCAUCGCCGCAUUGGUGCAAUUGUUCCUACAGCGCGAGCGAGCGGCCGUCCUGGCUGAGGCGCAGACUGACGACCUCAUCAAAGAGCCGGCCAAACCCGCCGACAAGAGCGGCGAGUGGCGGGAGACAGGCGGCGAGAUCCAGUGGGUGGCCAACGAUAACCACUGUGACAAUGACGCCAAAGAGAAGAAGGAGGAGGAGGAGGACGGCGAGCUGGACCUUAACAAAGCUCUGCAGCACGCAGGCAAGCACAUGGAGGACAGCAUCGUGGCGUCAUACACGGCUCUGCUGCUGGGUUGCCUCUGCCAAGGAAGCCCGAUGAAUGUGACUACUGUGAGAGAGAACUUGCCUCAGGGGGAUUUCUCCAUCAUGACGGAGAUGCUCAAGAAGUUCCUCAAUUUCAUGAACCUCACAUGUGAUGUUGGCACUGCAGGACAGAAAUCCAUAUCCAGGGUCAUCGACUAUCUGGAGCACUGCUAGACGCCCACAUUCACAAACUUACAUACAUACACACACACACACACACACAGCCCAUCUCUAGUCAGUAUUUUCACUCCACCGCCACAAGUUUGACUUCUCAAUCUGAUUUGACUCGUCUUUGAUUGCGUCCUCUUUACUGAACAUCUCCCUGAAAUUUGUAAUUUACGCAUAAGUAUGCGUGGAGUAGUGUCCGGAAGAAUUAAGCAACUCCCGCCUUGGUUCGUGUGUCACCAUCACUCACACCUUUCAAUGCCGUUUUGGUUCACGUUAGUUUUCAUGAGGGUGGUUGCCAUGUUCUAAUUAUCUAGCUGUUAUUGCUCCUUAUUGAGUUGGUACGAAGUACCUCAUAGGAGACCAGUCGAACAUGGGAUUUAUUGAGCUGUUACGAAAAAGGCGCAAUGUGACAUUUUCAAUUAAUUGCCGCCUUCUGUUUUUUCCCAAUUGAAAACUCAAUUAUUGGUCCCUUAACUUUAAAUACAUUGUUCAAAUGAUCAACACACACACACAAACGUUUACAAGAGCUUUAUUGUGGAGCGUGGAGGAUGUUCGUGUACAUACUGUUUGUAGAUAUGUUGCCCGAGGAGCAGUGCAUGAUGGGAAGUGGGUGGGGUGGGUUGAUUUGCGC